AUCCACUCGCAUCCUCCAGCAUCAGCAGCACCGCUAUAUAACCAGAGCAUCUCAUCGGCGCAGACACAUUAGGCUUCAAUCCGCAGGACUUCCCACACCACGAGGGGCAUGAAACUAUCAUAACAAGACAUUCAACAAAUCAUAGAGUUCCAACAUGACGAAGUCUUACAGUGAGGAAAGCAUGAUGCUGGAGUCUCAAACCAGCACAAACUGGACCGACAAGUGUCACGGCAGCUCCCACGACGAGCGAGACGUGGGCAAGACCGACGAGCCCAUGCACAAGGACAUGGAGGAGGAGGACGACGACGAUGUGGAACUCAACCGACUCGAAGACGAGGAGGACGAGGAGGAAGAGGAGGAAGAGGACGGUGACGACACCAAGCCGAAAAGACGAGGACCCAAGAAGAAGAAGAUGACAAAGGCACGUGUGCAGAGGUUCAAAAUGAGGCGCAUGAAGGCGAACGCCCGGGAGAGGAACCGCAUGCACGGUCUCAACGACGCGCUGGAGAGCCUGCGCAAAGUUGUGCCGUGCUACUCCAAAACGCAGAAGCUCUCCAAGAUCGAAACGCUCCGACUGGCCAAAAACUACAUCUGGGCUCUUUCGGAAAUCCUGAGGUCUGGCAAAAGCCCUGACUUGAUGUCUUUUGUGCAGGCCUUGUGCAAGGGCUUGUCCCAGCCGACGACCAAUUUGGUCGCGGGAUGCCUCCAACUGAACCCCAGAACUUUUCUGCCCGAGCAGAGCCAGGAGAUGCCCCCUCAUAUGCAAACAGCAAGUGCUUCCUUUUCCGCUCUUCCCUACUCCUACCAGACGCCCGGUCUUCCCAGCCCUCCGUACGGUACAAUGGACAGCUCUCACAUCUUUCACGUCAAGCCGCACUCGUACGGGAGCGCGCUGGAGCCGUUCUUCGACACCGCCGCGCUCACAGACUGCACCAGCCCCUCGUUCGACGGGCCUCUAAGCCCACCUUUGAGCGUCAAUGGGAACUUUUCCUUCAAGCACGAGGCUUCAUCGGAAUUCGAGAAGAACUACGCCUUUACCAUGCACUAUCAGGCGGCGGGCUUGGCCGGCGCGCAGACACACGCGUCUCUUUACGCGGGCUCUACGCAGCGCUGUGAUAUACCGAUGGAGAACAUUAUGUCGUACGACGGGCACUCUCAUCACGAGCGGGUCAUGAACGCCCAGCUGAACGCGAUAUUUCACGAGUCGUGAUUCUAAUGGACAUUUGUGGGACUGCUCGUUACGUUAUUCUGUUAUGGCUGAUGCAAAAAGAGCAACAACAUUAUAUGCUUAAUCUUAUGUACGUAUUUAUUGUUGUUACUGCCUUUAGGAGAAAAGAGAAUUCGUUGAUUCUCGUUCACCUUAUGUAUUGUAUUCUAUAGCGCUUCUACGUUGCGGUCACACACAGCCAGGAGGGAACAGGAGUGACCUUCUUCAGAAUGUGUUAAUUAUCCAUGCUACAAAAUCACAAGCAAUAAUUUGGAAACUAUGCAAUUUUUAAUCCAAUACUGGGCCAAUUAUAGAAAUGAAUAGAGAUUGAUAUAUUUUUCAACCUAUUACAUUUUACUACUUAUCUAUCCCAUACUGAAUUAUUUUGUUGUGAUUUUGUAUAGAAUUGUUAAUUUUUAUAAAGUCAGAUCCUAGCAUCAUUCCAUGCAACCCCUAUGUUAAUGUUUUAUAAAACUGAUUUAUCUCCUGUGUUUAUAUAAAACAGUACUAAUUCCAGUAAUAACCAGCAGGCAAGUGCUUCAAAAUCUGUAAUGUUGCCUUAGCAAUUAAUUACUGUAAAAUCAUGCAGAGUUGCACAAAUCCCAUCCUCUGAAUCCCGUCUAAUGUUAUGUUGAAUCAGUGAUCCUUUGUGGAAUUUCGAAUUGCUUGAGUGAUGGGGGAAACAAAUCGGUGUUAGAGUCUCAGUGUUGUACAUAAAAGCUUGACUAUCACCGUUUAAACUCACCCUGUGUAAAAGCUGAUCGAAAGGCCUGUCUUUUUAAGAUGGAAAAUAAAUAAUGGACUGAAUUAGUCUGCUCAAACUAUUCGGGUAUUUUCGACUGAAUUUUUUAUUGGCUGUGACGAAAGAACAAACAAACAAAAAAAAAAAAAAAAAGAGUGAGAGGUUGAUUUAAAAGUGAUUAUUGAGACUGUUGUAUGUGUGUAUCAGUUCAUGAUGAAGGUUUAAGAAAUAAAACAGAUGUUUUUGAAUUUAA